GGAUUAGUACUCCUUACCUAUUUUCCGGUGCGCACACAAUGAUCAAUCAGACUAUGCAAGCGAAUGGCAACUCGACUUCCACGCCAAUAUCUAUUGGCUCUUCGAGUGCUUCGACUAUACCCUUUAGCAGCAGCCUCGCGUCAUACUCUAAUCUUAACCGAGGAUUAAUUAAUUCUGGCAUCAUUUCAUCCUCAACAGCUGCUAAGAUUGCCUACGCUACUCAAAAUAUUACGCCAAAUUCCACGGGUCACCUUUUUACAGCUACGCCUACUCCUGCAGGUUUCUUUACAACCACCCCUGUUAACCCCGAAGUGUUGGCAGAGACAAAGCCGAAAAAACGCAAGAUUGUCGAUUCGGAAAAUAAUGGUGAAUUGCAAGAUGGCGAACCGGAAAAACGUCGGAAACCGGGAAAACGUAGAUCGAAGAAGGCUCAACAGGUUGUACCUCAACCCGAAAUAGUGGAACCAUCCCCGGAACGUGCUCCAAUCCCUCAACCCGUUUGCGCAGUUUGCAGGCUGAUCGAGCCGCCGCCUACCGAUCGUCCUUCAGCUACAUAUAUAUACCCUUCCAAAGCCAGAGAGUCUAUGUUGCUUAAAGGAAGAGAUAAGGUGCAUCGCAUGAUCCGAUGCAAUUUCUGUACCAAAUGGUAUCAUUUGGCAUGUAUGAAUCCACCAAGACGAACAAUGCCGACUGGUGGAUAUGUUUGGAGAUGCGAAGAAUGUGAUCCUGGAGAUUCGUCAGAUCCUCUCGCACAACUUACUAAAUCCAAAGAUUCACCUGCUCCUGAUGAUAAUAAUCAAUCUCAAACUGAAUCCUCAGCCUCUGCUCAACGUUCUGAAAAAUCUCAACCAGGAACGUCAACCCGCAAAUGGAGAACUGUCUUUAAGGUGCUUAAUCAAGACGUAAACAUUCUGAUUACAUCCACACGUCCCAAGUUACCGGUUUUAUUAAGGAAUCUAAGAUGUCAGUUAACAAAAUUCGACUGGGGAUUUGUUGAGAUUGGCUG